AUGGCGCUGUUUUCAGCAGCAGCAAUAGGAGACGUCCAGAAGAUACAAUCAUUAAUCGUCUCAGAAGACAAGUCAGAGGAUUCGGGAGGAGUCGAUGUAAACUGCUCGGAUGCGUCUGGCAAGACGGCCCUCCACAUUGCUUCGGAAAACGGACAUUUGCAAACGGUUAAAUGCCUAACCAAUCUUGGAGCAAAAUUGAAUGUGGUCGAUGCUAACCUACAGACAUCGGUUCACUUAUGCUCACAGAACGGCCAUCUUCAUGUGGUAGAGCUGUUAGUAAACGAAGGAGCAGAUAUUGAUGUUGGUGAAAAAGAUGGGUUUACAGCUCUGCACAUAGCAUCAUUUAAUGGUCAUGUUGAUAUUGUCAAAUAUCUCGUCAGUAAAGGGGCAGACCUGGGGAGACUAGCUAAUGAUUACUGGACACCUCUACACCUUGCAUUAGACGGUGGUCAUCUUGACAUUGCAGAGUACCUUUUGACAGAAGGAGCCAACAUUAACACUUCUGGUAAAGGCCAUCUUGAAGUCGUCCAGUAUAUCGUUGACAAAGGAGCAGGCAUUGAAAUUGGCGAUAAAGAUGGGCUUACGGGUCUUCACAUAGCAUCAGUCAAGGGUCAUGUUGAUAUUGUCAAAUACCUUGAAGGCCAUCUUGAAGUCGUCGAGUAUAUCGUGAACAAAGGAGCAGGCACUGAAGCUGGUGAUAAAGAUGGGGUUACAGCUCUUCACAUAGCAUUACUUAAGGGUCAUGUUGAUAUUGAUACCAUACAAGAGUACAGGGUAGCCUUUCCUGGUGAGCAAUACUGUGUAUAUUGGGGACAAGGACCCCUACUUGUCAGACAUCUGGAAAAUGGAGACGAAGUGUCAACACAGGAACUUAAAGAGUGUGCUUUGUUUGACAUGAGGACCCAUCGGAUGUCGUUCAAUCUUCAACCACGUGAACAAAUAGUAUCCAGAGUUCGCGUCACUCUUAUCUUGAAGCAAAAACUCACGAAGAGUAUCGUCUUUCCAGUAAUAUACAACGAUGUGCCGGAUGCCAAUCCAAUUGCCCAAUCAACUCUGACAGGAUCUGCAUCGUCCAAAGGCAAAGCUGAACCAACUGAUGUUGGACGGGGAACAUCCAAAUCAUCUCACCUCUCUGAAGAGCUGACGAGAAGCGAGCACCAUCUUGAAACGAUAGGUUCAACAUCACCUGAGCCUGCAGACACAGAGGACGGAAGUAGUCAUACUGAUGUCUUUACACGUCCUAGGCCGUUGACUUCGCCAUCGAUAGAGUCACCGUCCAGUGAACAUGCCUACCAGGUCACACAUGAUUUGGUAACAGAAACAGGAGCAAUUGGUAAGGAAUUGAAAGACAAAGUCGUGUUCUGGGCUCUGUAA